CCAAUCCGCACAUACUUAUAAUUAGUAGACUAUAUAGAUAUCACGCCCUGUUCCCCUUAAUGUGUUCAGCGACGUAAUAAGUGGACUAGUGCGUGAUUUGGGACUCGGUACGAUCCGGUGAACUUUAGGUGGUCAAAAGGGGCUGAAGGAGUCGAUUUGAUUCAAGCGUAGGGAGUCGAUUCCAGAAUUUCUGCAGCUGAAGAUGAACUCUGCUUUAAAGCACUGGAAGGAAGCGGCCACAGUCAUCCUUGCUGCUGGAAGCAAAUACAAGCGGAGCGUUGAGUCUCUUUGGAGAGAAACUCCUGCAUUUGGAUCAAGUUCAAAACCCAAACCAGGGUUCGACUAUGAGGUCCUGCUGCUCAAACGGAGCGGGAAAAGUGGCUUCAUGCCCAACGCUUACGUGUUUCCAGGUGGAUUAGUGGAACCUUCAGACUUCUCCAAUGAGUGGUUGGAGGUCUUUAAAGCUUUCACACACUUGCCCAAGUUUGGCAUCGCGACAGUCAAGCAGCCGCAGGAGACCAGACCUCCAAUGUUCUCCACUGACCGGAAGCAGCUCGGCUCUCCCAUCCCGGGGGACGUGGCGUUCAGAAUCUGUGCGGUCAGAGAGACCUUUGAGGAAGCAGGGGUUCUCCUGGUGGUUCCCAAGAACCAGGCGAACACUCUGGACACUGAGGAACACGACAAGGCGCUGACAGGGCUGUCCGAUCGCUGGGACAAAACUCUGAUCGCUAAAUGGAGAUCGCUGGUCCUGGAGAACUCGUCAAAUUUUAUCCAGAUGUGCAAAGAGCUGGAGUGUUUACCCAACAUCUGGGCUCUGCACGAGUGGGGGAACUGGCUCACCCCCAGGAGCACGUCGCAGAAGCAGAGACGCUACGACACUGCGUUUUACAUGUGCUGCUUAAAGGACAAACCGGAAACACUGCAGGACCAGAGGGAGAUACAACUCUACAAGUGGUCUACACCACCUGAAAUACUUCACAGCUACAGAGAACGAGACCUCUGGAUUGCGCCACCUCAGUUCUACGAUAUCGGACGAAUGUUGAACUUUUCUUCACUAAGCGACCUUCACGACUUCGCCAGACGGAGAUCGACGGAAGGCUGCGAGAGAUGUCUACCUGUCAUCAUAAGGACUUCAGACUGCCACAUAUCUCUCUUACCAGGAGACAGUUUGUACCCGGAGGAACCCGACAGGAGCGUGUCUACAGAGAAGAGUCUUGAGGAGGUCCAGAAGGACAGUCGGGAUCUUCAUCGCAUCGUGAUGCGUGAUCCUUAUGAAAGCUCUGUUUAUAUUAACAUCACACCUAAAUACAAACAUCUAGCUCCUCUUACCACCUCAGAGUCCAAGCAGGACAGCAAGCUCUGAAGAACAGAUGAACUUCUGUGCUUCUACUAUUCUAUAUAAAUAUUGUAAGGGGAAAAAAUGUGUUAUUAGAAACAUGGAUGUGAUGAAAACGUAGUCCCUGUGCCUGUAGGGUUCAAAUCAAUCACGCCAAAAUAUCAGCAAUAUUGUCGACUUGAUGGAAAGUAAAUUGGAGAUUAUAAACACUUACUAGUGUGUGGUAGGAUUCCUGUCUCAUUUCCAUCUCCUGGUCAGUGUGAAUAGUGGAUUGUGAUUGGCUGGAAGUUCAUGCAUGAAUAGUGGAUUGUGA